UAUGAACUCUCUUUUGAACAAUGAUCUUGAACAAUUAUCAAUAAAAGGAAAUCCAAUGUAAGUUUAAUAAGCCGUCAAUCCCUGGUAUCCAGUUGGACUAUGGAGAGAUCAUGGCUCCCUUAUAAAAAGGUAUGGCUUCAAGAAGAAUUGUAUGGGAGUGAUCUUAGGCGUUCUUUAUCCUGGUAUAUUAGUCAAAUUAGUCAAGCAGAGGUGUCGCCUACUUCGAAAUACUCACUGGGUCCGACGGUCUGACACUGCGCCCAGAGCUGCGCCAUGGCGCAGUGAAACAGUUGGAUUUGGUUUGAUUACAUUCAGCGAGCUGUGAGUUAGGUUAUACCGUACGUCGUGUUAUUUAUUUGAGUAUUAUAUUAGUGCAUUACAUUUAAUACGAAAAUAAAAAUGCCGAAAGUUGUUUCAAGAAGUAUAAUAUGUUCUGAUACAAAGGAUCAGGAAGAAUAUAGCGAAGAGAAACCGUUACACAUUUAUUAUUGUUUGUGCGGGCAAAUGACAUUAAUUUUAGAUUGUGCUAUCGAAAAGUUGCCGUUGCGCAAAAGGGACGGUGCAAGAGUAAUUGAUGGGAGUAAACAUGCACAUAAAAUGACUUCCGAACAAGAUGAGACUGUAUAUUUGAAACGACAGGAGGGUAUUGAAAAACAGUAUCGGCAAAAGUGUAAAAAGUGCGGUCUCUUGUUGUAUUAUAAGCAUGAUCCUGUAGCUAAUAUAGUGUUCAUAGUGAAGGGAUCUGUGAUUAAAAGUUCUGGUGAGGGUCCAAUGACAGACAUUUAUAAUCAAGUGGCUGUUGAAAAACCAAAGAAAAUCAUGGUUACAAAGCAUACAAAGAAUAUGGGCAAAUUCAGUUCUGUGACAGUAUCGACUAUAGAUGAAGAGGAAGAUGAAAUUGAAGCGAGAGAAGUUGCUGACUCGUAUGCAAACAAUGCUCGUAUAAUAGAGAAACAAUUAGAAAGGAAAGGCAUGAAUAAACGAAAGGCAAUGCCACCACCUGAAGUCGAACAAAAGAGAGCAAGACCAAGAGGCACUUUGUUAGAUGUCUAAUACGUCAAAGAGGUAGCUGAAUCGAAAUAAAAAAUCUCAAGAUUCAUUACCUUUGGCUAAUGGCGACAUUGUCAAGUAAUGGACACAAGCAGAACCAGCACUUUGUCCACAGAUAGUUACGUUUCGCGAAUCGCCCCCAAAUACUUCUAUAUUUUCCUGGACCCAUUUCAACGCAGCAACUUGAUCUUUUAAACCUUGAUUACCUGCAGCAUCCUUGUCGUCCACGUUCAGGAAGCCUAGCAGCAUUAGCAACUUGACAUUAAAUGUUAAUUAUCUUUUUCAAACGCCAUUCUUGCCAAAUAACCGCUGCAGAAUAACAAUGCAUAGUGUAAUCCUUACCAAAUAUAUGAAGUCUAUAGUUAAUGGAUACGACAACUACAUCAUGUUUAAGUAGAUAGUCCGGACCGUAGAAGUCAUUACUUCCACAGCCUGUCCAGAAACCGCCUCCAUGUAUCCAUACUAUAACAGCCCGUUUACCAGACAGUGAAUUAGUAGAAACAUUCAAAUAGAGACAAUCUUCACUCCCAGUUAUUUCAUUAGUAGAACUCAGUAUAUUUAAUUGUAUUGCUGCAGAACCUUCUUUCUGAGCAUCCCUGAUGCCUGACCAUGCUUUUGGAGGUUGGGGUUCCUGUCAAAUAAUUAAAUAAUUCACACGUCCUAAUCCUCUAUUAAAUCUGAGCAUCGUUCCGUUUGAUUCACAUAAAGUUACCUUGAACCUAAGUUGGCCAACUGGUGGCUCAGCAUAGGGAAUACCAUUGAAAGCCAAGUACUUUCCACCUUCUACAUUUUGUACAACGGUACCUUUCAAAAUCCCAUAUUUCGUUUUUACAAUCGGUGCACUCAUAUUAGGUCUGAAACAUAAACCUGACUAUCCACAAACCCAACUACGUAGCCAACUUUCCUAAUGUCCCGCGAUAUAUGUACUUGUCGCGAAUUAUCUUUUUAUAUGCAACUUUGUCACUGAUAAAUAUGUUGCUGCAUUAUAUUUGAAUAACGACUUUUGUAUUCCACAGAAACUGUAUUGAUAAGAAUUAUACUUACGAGGCAAUUUUAGUGGCAAUGGCAUACAUAAAUAUUGUUUGACUAUUUA